AUGGCCCGGCUGCUGCUGCCGGUGCUGCUGCUGCUGCUGCUGGCGGCGCGGCGGGGCGCGGGCGGUGGGUGCGGACCCUGCCGGCCCGAGCGCUGCCCCCCGACGCGCUGCCCGGCGCCCGAGCUGGCGGCGCGGGACGAGUGCGGCUGCUGCGAGCGCUGCCUGGGCGCCGAGGGCGAGCGCUGCGGCGGGCGGGGCGCCGGGGGCCCGCGGGGGCCCCGCUGCGGCCCGGGGCUGGUGUGCGUGAGCCAGGCGCGGGGCGCGGGGGCGCCCGAGGGCACCGGCCGCUGCGUGUGCAAGGAGGACGGGGCGGUGUGCGGCUCGGACGGGCGCUCCUACCCUAGCGCCUGCGCCCUGCACCUGCUCGCCGGGCCCCGGCGCGUCCGCAAGGCGCACGACGGCGAGUGCCGGCUGGCUCCUGUGAUUGUUGUACCACCAAAAAAGAUCCAUAAUCUAACUGGUGCCCAGGUGUACCUGUCCUGUGAAGUGAAGGCAGUUCCUACUCCCAUCAUCACAUGGAGAAAGGUCACAGAGUCACCCAAGGGAAUUAAACUCCUGGAAGAAUUGCCUGGAGACAGAGUAAACAUGGCUGUCCAAGUUCGUGGUGGUCCUUCUAAACAUGAGAGCACAGGGUGGGUUUUGAUUAACCCGUUGAUGAAGGAAGAUGAGGGCGUUUACCAAUGUCAUGCUACCAACAUGGUUGGAGAAACACAGGCAGAAGGGAAUAUUAAAGUCACUGAGCAAAGUAAGAGGACUAACUUCCUAGAACCAGGUGACAUGCUAUAGCAGGGGAGAAGUGAUUCAAUCUUCACUCCAGGGAAACAAAGAUUGUCGAGCACAGGCUAAAAACAAGUCAAUUAGUGGCUUCCUUGGCUAUCUUACAUUAUAGAAUUAGGAAACUGCAUUAAUAUUCUUGUUACGUGGUUAAUGACAUGUUUUUUGUACUUUUCCUAUUUAGAUCAAUUAAAUUAUUAAAAAUCUGUAGUUUAUAACAGGAAAAAUGAGCAAUAAAAUGCUUUUCUUUUAAACCAUUUUAAAGAUA